AUGGAGCGCUCCAGCCCUAAGAGGGAGCAGAUUUUCUCUGGCAUCCAAAAUCUGCACGCUGUGUGCACCUCCACGGAGCUCUCAGCCACUGUCAAAAAGGAGGAGCCUGGCAUGCCUCAUGAACCAGCGGACGAUUUAUUUCAUUUCAAUGUUGGGGGCUGGCAUUUCUCUGUUCCCAGAAGCAAACUUGCUCAAUUCCCUGACUCACUGCUGUGGAAAGAAGCUUUGACCUUGAGCUCUUCGGAAAGCCAGCGGCUGUUCAUCGACAGGGACGGGUCCACAUUUAGACAUGUGCACUAUUACCUCUAUACGUCCAAACUCUCCUUCUCCAGUUGUGCGGAGCUGAACUUGCUCUAUGAGCAAGCUCUGGGUUUGCAGCUGAUGCCUUUGCUGCAGACUCUGGAUAAUCUGAAGGAAGGAAAGCACCAUCUUCGAGUCCGGCCUGCAGACAUUCCUGUUGCUGAGAGAGCGUCUUUAAACUACUGGAGAACGUGGAAGUGUAUCAGCAAACCUUCAGAAUUUCCUAUAAAAAGUCCAGCCUUCACAGGCCUGCACGAUAAGGCACCUCUGGGGCUCAUGGACACCCCACUGUUGGACACGGAAGAGGAAGUGCACUACUGCUUCCUGCCUCUGAGCCUGGUGGCCAAAUACCCGAGCCUGGUGACCGAGGACAACCUGCUAUGGCUGGCGGAGACCGUGGCCCUGAUUGAGUGCGAGUGCAGCGAGUUCCGCUUCAUUGUAAAUUUUCUCCGCUCCCAGAAGAUAUUACUGCCAGAUAACUUCUCCAACAUAGAUGUGUUAGAAGCAGAAGUGGAAAUUUUGGAAAUCCCUGAGCUCACUGAAGCCAUAAGGUUAUACCGGAUGAACAUGGGUGGCUGUUCCCGGCCCUCGUGCCCCCCGCCGAGCCCUGGGAAGGGGGGCCGCGCAGCCGGCCUGGACUCGGUGAAGCCCCUGUACAUGCUGGCCCUCGGUCUGCUCGUCAAGUACCCAGACUCCGCGCUGGGCCAGCUACGCAUCGAGAGCACGCUGGACGGAAGCCGACUGUACAUCACAGGAAACGGGGUCCUCUUCCAGCACGUCAAGAAUUGGCUGGGGACUUGCCGGCUGCCCCUGACCGAGACCCUCUCUGAGGUAUAUGAGCUCUGCGCCUUCCUGGACAAGAAGGACAUCACCUACGAGCCAAUGAAAGUGGCUCUGAAGACUCACCUGGAGCCCAGGACUCUGACGCCUGUGGACAUGCUCAACGACGAGUGGACAGCAGAGAUCACUGUGUAUUCUCCUCAGCAGAUCGUCAAGGUUUACGUUGGAAGCCACUGGUACGCAACCACUCUGCAGACGCUGAUGAAGUACCCAGAGCUGCUGUCCAACUCGCAGAGAGUGUACUGGAUCACCUAUGGACAGACCCUGCUGAUCCACGGGGACGGCCAGAUGUUCCGACACGUCCUCAACUUCCUGAGACUCGGCAAACUCUUUUUACCAUCUGAAUUUAAGGAAUGGCCCCUAUUCUGCCAGGAGGUGGAGGAAUAUCAGAUUCCAUCCCUUUCAGAAGCCCUCGCCCAGUGUGAGGCGUACAAGUCAUGGACCCAGGAGAAAGAAUCGGAAAAUGAAGAAGCUUUUCCCAUCAGAAGGUUGCAUGUGGUGACAGAAGCACCAGGGUCACUGAUGGAGUUCAGCAGAGAUGCUAAAGAGGCCACAGCCUGCAUGCCUGUGGAGUUGCAAGACUGCAGCGACAGGACUCCAUGGAACAAGGCCAAAGGGACACUGACCAGGUCCAGCCAGACGGAGGAGGCUGAGCAGUACACGCGGACCGUCCAAGUGCCCCUCUGCAGGGGUGCCAAGAGGGCAGGGAACCCCAGCAUGUACUCACAUUGCACUGGUCUGUGUGCCAACCCCAGACACUGGGGGAGCCAUCCUGACAGUCCCCCCAAGAAAAAGUGCACCACAAACAACCUCCCCCAGAAGUAUGAGACUAAAGACCCACCUGCCACACCCAUGCAAAAACUCAUCUCCCUGGUGAGGGAGUGGGACAUGGCCAGCUGCAAGCAGUGGGACUUGCAGCCACUGACAGCCCCCCGGAACAGCCCUUCGGAAGAGGCCACUCUGCAGCCUCUGUCGGGAAGGGAAGCUUCUUCCCAACCCAGCACCUCAAUCACCUGGAAAACCCAUCCCACAGCCUUCGAGAAAGACUCCAAUCCACAGGCCAAUGACAAAGGACCAGAGCCAACCUUUAAGCCAUACUUCUCCAUUAAAAAAGCUGUCACCCUGAAGGACUGGGGCAGACAGAGGCCAAAGGAGAGAGACACCCCUGCCCCUGAGCAGCCUCUGCCUGAGGCCAGUGAAGUCAACAGUGCAGGGAUCAUCCUCAAAGUGACCCACCCCCCUGUGGUGGGCAGUGACGGCUCCUGCAUGUUCUUUGAGGACAGCAUCGUAUACACCACGCAGAUGGACUACCUCAGGCAGGUGCCACCCUCAGACAGCACCCAGCCCCGAGAGGCAACCUUCCUGAGUUUCUCUCUGUCUUGGGAGGAGAUGUUUUAUGCACAGAAAUGUCACCGUUUCCUCACUGACGUCAUCCUGGAUUCCAUCAGGCAAAAGGACCCCAAAGCCACCACUGCCAAGGUGGUGUCCCUGGCCAAUCGGCUGUGGACCCUACACAUCAGCCCCAAGCAGUUUGUGGUGGACCUGCUGGCCAUCUCUGGCUUCAAGGAUGACCAGCACACGCAGGAACGCCUGUACAGCUGGGUGGAGCUCACACUGCCUUUCGCCAGGAAGUACGGCCGAUGUGUGGACCUGCUCAUCCAGAGGGGCCUGUCUAGGUCUGUCUCCUACUCUAUCCUGGGCAAGUAUUUACAAGAUGGGUAG